AUGAAAUCGUCGCAGUUUCAGGGGGGAUUAGAUCUGUUAAAAGCCGAAGCGUGGGUUCUCGGCAUUGAAAAGCUGUUUGAGAUGUUUCCCUGUUCAGAGACACAAAAAGUACUUUUAGCCACUUUCACCCUUGAAGAUGAGGCAAGAAGGUGGUGGAUGCUAAUGCGUGAAAACAAUAAAAGCAUCGGUUGGGUACGGUUCUUGGAGAUUUUCUAUGAAAAAUAUUUUCCACAGUGUGUCCGAGACAAAAAAGUGUCGGAGUUCAUGGAACUGAAACAAAACAGCAUGACUGUAGCUGAGUAUGAGGGCAAGUUUACUGAAUUGGCUAGGUCUGCACCACAUGUGGUUGGCACUAACUACAAGAAAGCAAGACAUUUUGAGGGAGGGCUCCGAGAUGAUAUUUUAGAAAAGGUGAAUGUUCUCAAGCUAGAGACCUAUAUUAAGGUGCUAGACCGGGCCAUAAUAUCAGAAGCUAAUAUAGCCAGACAAGCUAAACCAGCAACCGACUAG